AUGGCACCCCGUAAGCUGACAUCGUUGAAAGCUUUGGUCGUGAAGCUGGGUGAAAUUCAAGCUGACCUGGACGAUAUUUGGAAGUUCGUUCAACGUUACGAUGAGGCCACCACCGCGACUGAUGUCAACAUGCGCUUAGAGAGGAUUGGCGAACUUUGGGAGAAGUACGGCGAGACGUUGGUGGAGAUCAAAUGCCAUGACGACUACGACGAGGAUGAUGAGACCUUCAACAAGGAUCGUCUUAUCUACAGCGAUCGAUUCUACCGCUCGAAGUCAUCCCUCACGGACAAAGGGAAGGAGCUACAGGGUCUACCGGAGCAGGAUCAGUCAACGCGUGCUAACGACUCGAUGGUGCAUGGUGUCCUCGACCAUGUGCGACUGCCGCAGAUCAAGUUGCAGUCAUUCAACGGCGACAUCGACGAGUGGAUUAGUUUCCGUGACUUAUUCACUUCCUUGAUCCACUGGCGGACUGAUCUACCGGAGGUGGAAAAAUUUCAUUAUUUGAAGGGGUGUCUUCAGGGGGAACCAAAGGCUCUAAUUGAUCCAUUAAAGAUAACGCAGGCUAAUUAUAAGAUCGCGUGGGAUGCGCUUACUAAGCGCUAUAACAAUAGUAAGCAGCUUAAGAAAAGGCAGGUUCAGUCGCUCUUUACUCUUCCUUCGCUUUCUAAGGAGUCGGUUUCAGAGUUGCACGUUCUAGUUGAGGGGUUCGAAAGAAUUGUGCACACUCUAGACCAGGUUGUCGAACCAGCGGAGUAUAAGGAUCUCCUGCUAGUCAAUCUUCUCACCAAUCGUUUGGACUCGGUGACCCGCCGAGGUUGGGAGGAGUUUUCCUCCACGAAGGAGCAGGAUACUUUGGAGGAUCUGACGGAGUUUCUGCAGCGAAGGAUUCGUGUUCUCGAGUCGCUUCCAACGAAGGCGGCUGAGUCUAGGGGUGCUCAAUCGUGGCAGCAACAACCUCAGAGGCAGAGGCAGUCCACAGCGAAGACCAGUUACAGCACGAUGCAGUCAUCGUCAGGAGCACGAUGUGUGGCAUGUAAGGAGAGCCACUACCUCCAUCAAUGUGGCGUGUUCCAAAGGAUGUCGGAGAAGGAUAGUUCUGCAAAGGUCGCAGCGGUUGCUAGGGGCAACCAUCCUUCAAUCCCAAAGGAGUCCUCCGGAGUCAACGAAGCUUCUGGUUCGGGUUCCUCUCAGGUGGUCAAUAUGACGGCCACCGACAUUUCGGUUUCUGGUGCGGCUCAACAAUAUUCUUCGCAAGUUUUGCUGGCAACUGCGGUCAUCGUCGUGGAAGAUGAUCAAGGUGGAAGGUUUCCUGCUCGCGCUUUACUGGAUUCGGGCUCAGAGAGCAACUUCAUCACGGAGCGACUGAGUCAACGGAUGAAGACCCAAAGAGAAAAGGUGGAUAUAUCGGUGCGAGGAAUCGGUCAAGCAGGAACCAAGGUCAAAUACAAAAUACAAGCGGUGGUGCGGUCGCGAGUGUCUCCUUUCUCGCAAGCAAUGGACUUUCUCGUUCUUCCCAACGUAACGGUGAAUCUGCCAACUGCUACAAUGCGCACGGAAGGCAACCAAUUGCCGACGCUGAACGAAUCGGUUUUCGGAUGGGUGGUGUGUGGAGGUUUAUCCAAUUCACAUCAGGAUCUGCACAUUACCUGCAACGCUUCCGCAACAGAGAAACUAGAAUCUCUAGUUGCCAGGUUCUGGUCUAGCGAAGAGGUUGGUUCGGUCAAGGUACUCUCACAGGAGGAAAAACGAUGUGAGGACCUAUUCCAAAAUACAGUCCAACGGAAUCCCGAUGGCAGGUACACGGUUACACUCCCGAAGGAGGAAGGCGCUAUUCAACGGUUGGGCGAAUCCAAGGACAUUGCGAUCCGGCGUCUUCAAGGUACGGAGCGACGGCUGGCGAGAAAUGCCAACUUGCACAAAAGCUACCACAAUUUCAUGGAGGAAUACGAGUCGAUGGGACACAUGGAGAAGGUCGAAGGGGCGGUCUUAACAACAAAACAGCGGUGUUUUCUACCGCAUCAUCCCGUUUUCAAGGAGGACAGCACUACUACUAAGGUCAGGGUGGUGUUCGAUGCCUCUUGCUCAACAUCGUCCGGCGUAUCGCUCAACGACGUGCUGCUGACUGGACCGGUAAUACAGGAUGAUCUCAGAUCAAUCAUUAUGCGAAGCCGUACCAAGCAAGUAAUGCUCGUUUCUGACGUUGAGAAGAUGUUUCGGCAGAUUUGGGUUAACCCGGAGGAUAGGGCUUUGCAGUGUAUCCUGUGGCGCUCAGAUCCUCAAGACAACAUCAGCGUAUAUGAACUCAAGACCGUUACGUACGCUAGCGGUGGAUGGAGAAAUCGCAUAUCCCUCGGAUCACGUGCGGCGAGUGAAGACACCUAUAUGGAUGAUGUUAUCACGGGAGCAGACACGGUGGAAGAAACCUGUGAGUUGCGGAAACAGCUGAGUGAUAUGAUGGAAGAAGGCGGUUUUAGACUCAGAAAGUGGGCAUCCAACAGCCCCAAGGUCUUGGAAGGACUCCCUGAAGAAAGUUUAGCGAUUCAAGCGGGGGACGGAAUCAUCUUGGACCCGGAUCCGUCCAUCAAAACCCUCGGGCUUAUCUGGAUGCCGAAGAGUGAUCAGCUGAAAUUCAGCUUCAACAUUCCUCCGGUGCGACCAAGGCAGCAGUACAGUAAAAGGGAGGUACUCUCGAUUAUAGCUACGCUAUUCGACCCUUUGGGGUUACUCGGAGCCGCAAUCACAUCUGCUAAAAUUGUGAUGCAGCUGCUGUGGAAAUAUAGGGACGACGACGAUCGUGCGCUGGACUGGGACCAGCCCAUACCUUCGACGGUGGGUGUAUUUUUGGACAGACUCUACCUGUGUCCUGCGUUGGAUCAAGGCCUUACCGACAACCUGGACUACGUACGUGGCUAA